AGGCAGUGUUCACACACACAUAUACAGACGCACAGGCGACAGCCACUGCACGAACUCUAGUUAUUGCUCUGGGGCCAUGAGGGGGUUUCUAACCACACAGGAGCAGAAUGGAUGGAGGGAACUGGUUAACAAGGAAGCCUUCUGCAGAGUCGGCUGGAAAGCCAAAUAUGGGUCCAAAUACCCUCGACGGGUGCCCGACUAUAGGAUCUCUCAGAGGAAGUGCUUCUUGCCUGCUAUCUGCCCUCCAGGUGAUGGUGGGAACCUUUCUACCUGUGAAGAAAUACCUGUGCAAAAGAAGGAAGAAAGGAAGUUACCAGAAAGAGAAGAUGAUCCCCCUCUUCCAGAGCCUCUGCCCGAGAUGAGGGCCCCAACCCCGCAGACAGUGCAGUUGCUGUACCAGGGCUUCUCCCAUGAGGGCAAAGGCAGGCAACACUAUCUCAAAGAGAGGACGAGGAAGAGCCCCGAGGAAAAGUUCAGUUACCCCUUGUUAUCAUCAUGGGACUAUGGCUGGCGCUUAGGAGAUGCUGUUAAAGACAUCAGAACCCCAAUUUAUGGCAAAUCCAGAAUUGUAAAGGAUACUUUCUACAUCAAUAAUGGAAUUUUCCAUCAUCCUUCAAAAACUGACAAGCUCUCAUGAAUAUUAAUGCUGGUUGAAAUGUGGAUUUUUUUUGUACAAUUCUGCUUUCUGAUGGAUAUUUGUUGUGCUAUAUGUGAGCUCUUUGAGUUUGCCAUAGAUGUAAUCAUAUUUGGAAUAGACACAUAAAAAUAAAGAGGGUUAUUUGUAAUUUCAA